GCUACCGCAUCGCUGCCCCCUAUCCCUCCUUCUCUCCCUUCGUCCGUUGUACGGUCCCCGUCCGUUUCCCACAUUUUCCGCUUCUCCCAUCCAUCCCUCCCUCCCGACCCUCCCAAAAAAUCCCCCCAAAAAUUCAGAGAAGCAAUCCCUAAUCCCCGAAAUCCCACCUCAAAUACCCGGAUUCGCUCCCAAUCAGCGGCAAUUCGAUCUGUCGGCUCCAUCUCAGGCGGUCCCCGGCGGGGAGUCUUGGUUCGGGAGAUCCGGGAUCCUUUAUUGGGUGUUCCGGGCUCAAAUCUUGCGGCUUCUGGGCAAUGUGAUUUGGUCCGUGGGACGAUUCAGGCGCAGCCGUUGCUGAAUCUUGUUAGGUGUUGCAAAAAUGGAGCAUGUGAUCGGGGGGAAGUUUAAGCUGGGUAGGAAGAUUGGGAGCGGAUCUUUCGGGGAGCUAUAUCUUGGCGUGAACAUACAGAACAGCGAGGAGGUGGCUAUCAAGUUGGAGUCUGUUAAAUCAAGGCAUCCUCAGCUUCAUUAUGAGUCAAAACUAUACAUGCUUAUGCAAGGGGGGACUGGAAUUCCUCAUCUGAAGUGGUUUGGAGUAGACGGGGAGUACAAUGUCAUGGUCAUUGAUCUUCUUGGUCCAAGUCUGGAGGACUUAUUCAAUUACUGCAACAGAAAAUUCACUCUUAAAACAGUACUUAUGCUUGCUGAUCAGAUGAUUUCAAGGGUAGAGUACAUGCACUCGAGGGGCUUUCUUCAUCGUGAUAUAAAGCCAGACAACUUCCUUAUGGGUUUAGGCCGUAAAGCAAGCCAGGUCUAUGUUAUUGACUAUGGCCUUGCAAAGAAGUACCGGGACCUCCAAACUCAUAAACACAUACCAUACAGGGAAAACAAAAAUCUUACAGGAACAGCACGUUAUGCUAGUGUGAACACCCAUCUUGGAGUCGAACAAAGCAGGAGAGAUGAUUUAGAAUCUCUGGGUUAUGUGCUGAUGUAUUUCUUAAGAGGAAGCCUUCCUUGGCAAGGUCUGAAAGCUGGCACAAAAAAACAGAAGUAUGACAAAAUUAGUGAGAAGAAAAUGUUAACUCCAGUUGAGGUCCUUUGUAAAUCUUAUCCAUCGGAGUUUGUUUCAUACUUCCAUUACUGCCGAUCUUUGCGAUUUGAAGAUAAACCAGACUAUACCUAUUUGAAGAAACUCUUCCGAGAUUUAUUUACCCGCGAAGUGUACCAGUUUGAUUAUAUAUAUGAUUGGACUGUAUCAAGGCAAGUAGCGGAGAACAACAGAUUGCGACCAAGUGGAAGGACAGGCGGGUUGGUGGGACCAUCUGCAGAACGGGCUGAACGGACUGCAGCAAGACAGGAUGUUCCUGAUAGAUUCUCUGGUUCAGUUGAUACAUUUGCUAGAAGAACUGGUUCUGGUUCUGGCCAUCAUGGUGAAAACACGAAGCACAGAACUCUAUUGGAUUCACUGUUGGCACCCAAGAUGGCUGUUGACUUGGAUAAAAGAAGGCCUGCGUCAUCUCGGAAUGGGAGCACUUCCAGGAAGGCUCUCCUGUCAAGCAGCAGACCAAGUUCUGGGGAGCCCAGUGACCCAACUCGCACUAGCCACCUAAUCCCAACCAGCAGCGGCGGCAGUCGUCCAUCAACCACUCAGAGGCUUCACCAAUCAACUGGGCUUGAGACCAGGUCCUCGUCGUUGUCGAAAACUGCAAGAAAUGUCCACGAUGAUCCCACUAUAAGGACAUUUGAACGCCUUACAAUUAGUGCGGACAGGAGGAAAUAAAAGUUCGAAGAGAAAAGCUGUCAGUUGCUGUCAUGAGCAAGGACACUCAUGAUUCAUUCAAUUCCAGAUGAUGCUCACUGAUCAGCAAGAUAAAUGAUUAUGUGUUACACGUGAUGCUGAGGAAUGCAUAUAGGAAAGAUGGCUCAUUGAAUCUUUCUUGGUCUUGGCAUAGAUGAUUUGAGUACUGUUAAUUCAGUGUCUGUUCUUUCAAAUGGUUACAGAAUGUUUUACACAUUCCAAAGGGCCUGGAUCGGCUGCAUGGUUUGGCUGUGCUGGUCCAAUUGAUGUUACUGUUCACUCAGACAUUUGUAGAAAUGUUAUUCAAAUAAAGCGGUUAAUUAGACAUUCAAAA